AACUCUUUGAUGACGCAGGUAGGCGGGGUACUGCUCUGAGGUGAGAAACUGUUAAAGAUACUCCGAGACGCCGUUUGAGAAGAACCCAUAUGCCGACCGGGGAAGAAGCAAUUAGAUCGAGCAGCUUAGAAAUCCAGGCAGGUCACUUCGGAGACACGGGAAGCUGCAUUUCAGCUCCUCACUAGUCGCCGCAUGAUUCGAUUCGGAGAAGUCAAGUACUUCCCUCUUCCCCUCUCGACAGAUACAUACAUAAGGCUCGAUCAUCGGUCAUGCUCUCUAGGACCUUUUUAACACAAAACCAUUCUAUAAUCUCCCCCGCCCCGUGCAUCAUUCUCCCUAGAUAUCACCACCAUGGUCAAAGCCAUUGCCGUCACUGCUCCCGAGACUAUCUCCGUGGUGAGCGACUGGCCCAAGCCUACCCUCCGUCAUGACUGCAUCCUCGUCAAAGUGGUGAGCGUCGCGCUUAACCCCACUGACUGGAAAUUCGCCCUUCGAAGCACUCCCAUCGUCACUGUUGGCUGUGACUACGCCGGCAUCGUAGUAGACGUCGGCCCUGCAGUCACGAAACCCUUUCGGGCCGGUGAUCGCGUCUUUGGCGUCAUUCGCGGCUGCAACCCCAAUCUCCCCUACAAUGGAGCAUUCUCAGAGUACAUCCUCGCUCCAGGUGACCUGCAGUGCGCCAUACCGGAAAACCUCAGCUUCCAGGAAGCUGCAACCCUAGGUGUCGGCAUGGGCACCAUUGCUCAAUCUCUGUACCAAAGCCUGCAGCUCGCACCGUUUGAUCAUCCUUUGGCCCAGCCGGAACCGAUUCUCGUCUACGGCGGUGCGACGGCCACAGGGACUCUGGCAAUCCAGUUUGCGAAGCUGUCCGGGUACGAGGUGAUUACGACGUGUUCGCCCGAGACCGAGGAGCUAGUGAAGAGCCGUGGUGCCGACCAUGUGUUUGACUACAAGGAUCCCGAGGCGGCUGACAAGAUCCGCGACGUUACGCAGGAUCGUCUGAAGUUGGUGCUGGAUACCAUCUCGACAGACGAGACGGCGGCAUUUUGUGGACGGGCUAUGAGCUCCCAGGGCGGUGAUUAUACGGCGAUGAUAGAUAGCAAGGUGCCUCGUGCAGAUGUACGCAGUCGCUGGACGCUGGGUUAUACGGUAUUCGGUGAGGAGUUGACGUUUCGGGAUGUGCGUAUCCCUGCGAAACUGGAGGAUCGGACUUUUGCGUCAGAGUGGAUGGAAAAGGCGGCCAAGUUGUUGGCGGAUGGCAGGGUUGUUCCUCAUCCUGUGCAGCUUGGGUCUGGAGGCUUGCAGGGUGUCAUUGAAGGUCUGAAACUCUUGAAGGAAGGUAAGGUCAGGGGGUGUAAGUUGGUGUAUAAUGUGGAUGAGACUGCUUGACUUGGUGGUUAUAUGCAAUCAUGACUGCUAUGAUUGCUACUACCUAUGAGAAGACGUGCUUCCAUAUGAAUGCUCCACGCGUUAUCGUUGGUCAAUACAGGUAUUUUUGGCUGUACGGAGCCCCGACGGCUUAAAGACCUAUUAGAGGUCUCCUAAAAAGAACGGUGGAAUUCAAUCGUGCGUAGCAGCCUUACAGGGGGAGUAUCAGGCAGACAUGUGUGAGUAGCUAGAGGCUAAGACCCGUCUAGAACCCAGAUUACCACCACACCGUGGAUUAAUGGGUUU